CGAUAAGGAAUUGUUCAACAAAAAUGGCGUUUUCCAUUUGCGAGAUUUUGCUGUGCUCUAACAACUAGUAAUUAAUGUUUAUAUAAAAUAUUCGUUUAAAACAUUGAUUAAGUUAGUAAGAAAUUAGUGUAUCCAAAACCACACAAUAUCCAAAGAGAUUAAAAUUUUUAUAUGUAAGCAUAAAGCUUAAAUAUAUAGGAUCAAAAAGAACAAAUUACACAUGCACAAGUAUAUGAAUUACAUAUUUGUAUGCAUAUACAUAUGUAUAUCAUAAAUGCGAACUAGUGAGAAAUUCUUGCAUCAAUUAAAAAUAAAAAAAUAUUUGUAUUUUAUAAAUCAUUUAAUUUGAAAAUGCAAAUAUAUUAAGUUAUUUUUUAUUAAUAUAAGCAAGUCAUACAUAUAUACUUGUUCACACAAUGGUAAAAUUUGCAUUAAAAUAUGCAUAGGCCUAUCAUUAAAUUGUUUAAGUGUUCGUGAUUGUGGGCUCAUUGUUUUUUGUAUUAGCAUAUUUUGUCAUCAGACGAAUAGGCAAGACCUUUGUGUUACUUAAAAAAAUUGACUGAUAAUUUAAAAAAACAGAAUAUGUUUAAUAUUUAUGAACAUAUGUUUUAAUAUGUAUGCAUGUAAAUACCUAAAAGGACUAUGUGGAACAAAGGAUUAUAAACAAAUAUUGCAGGUAUAAAUAUUUGCAAUUACAAAAAUAAAGAUUGAAGGAGGAGAGCGUUACGUAUUUUUGGAACAAACAAUUGUAUAUAGAAUAUGAAUAAAUUAGAUUAUCCCCGCCGCAACGGAGCCCACAAAGUGCGAAUAACAAUAUUGUGCGCACGUAACCUGGCUCGAAAGGAUUUAUUUCGACUUCCUGAUCCUUUUGCUAAGGUACAAGUAGAUGGCACAGCACAGGUUUAUACCACGGAUGUCAGCAAGUCAUCUCUAGAUCCCAAAUGGAAUGCUCACUACGACCUUUUCGUGGGUAGCGCUGAUGCUGUUACUAUUACAGUAUGGAACCAGCGAAAAAUACAUAAAGCGAGUGGUUUUCUUGGUUGUGUGCGUAUUCCUUCGCAUUCAAUACAGAGCUUGAAAGGAAUGGGAUUUACACGUUUGAAUUUGGGUAAAUUUUCUCCUGAAGACGAUGAUAUGGUUCGUGGUGAAAUUGUUAUUGCCUUGUUGUCAAAGGAUGGCCCUUGUGGAGGUAAUCCUUUAGCGGUAGUGGGACCAAGUGGGGAUGUUCGGGGCCCAUCAGAAGACGAUUCGUCAGAAGAUAGUUUGCCUGAUGGUUGGGAGGAACGAAGGGCAGGUAAUGGUCGUGUUUAUUAUGUAAAUCAUGCCACAAAAUCUACGCAAUGGGAUCGGCCAUCUUCUCGUCAUCGCCAACGAUUGGGUCAGGGUGCAAACGUACGCCAUCCAUCUGGACCAACUCGCUCUACUACAUGCACAAAUCUUCUUAAUGGACAAAACGGUUCCACCAAUGAAAGAAAUGACGACGCAACAAGCGAAAGACGUCAUUCCACGGAAAUGCUUCCUUCAUCGAACACGGGGAGUAGCAGUAUUAUUAAUAAUAUUAAUGCAAAUGUUUCAGUUCAAAUAGGAAAAGAGAAUUGUAGUCCUGCUGGUACCAGCGCGAAAAAACAAACUCACCAGGUACGCGGAAAUACCCAAACAAAUCAAAACUCUAUUGGUGGUACAUGUCAAGCUGUGACUGAGGGGCGGGUAAAUGAUUUUGUAAAUUCGACCACAAUAACGACCUCCAAUUCAACUCCAACUACUGCUACUUCUUCUAUGAUGUCUGCCAGUGGCAUAAUUUCGUAUGGAGGUGUACGAAACGAUAGUCAUGAAAAUACACGAAAUUUAUCUUCAAAUUCACAUAGCACACAAACUUUACUAAAUGAUCAUAGCUCUUCAGAAUCAGGCGAUGGUUCAGUGUUGUCAGCUACCCCAAAUCGGCAUCAAAACCAAAAUUUGGCUAAUGGUAAUACUGCCUGCACAAGCGGUUCAAAUACUCCAAAAUCCCAUAUCAACGGGUGGAGUGUCGAAACAAAUGAGCACCUCUCAUCGGCAGCACCCACGAAUUCAAUAUCAGUCAAUGGCAAUACAGGGGGAACAAGUAGUGUUAGUAAUUUAAUUGUAGACCAGAGUCCUAAUGCAAACUCGAACUUACAAACAACACAGGCGAGCUCCCCAUUAACGAAUAGUCAGCGGGAAAGAGAACGUGAUCGUGAUAAAGAUAGAGAUCGCGAAAGAGAUGCUCGUCAUGGAAGUGUACCACCCUCUUCAAACACUGGUGUUUUAGGAGCAGUUGGUCCAGCUCAGCGUUCUCAACGACGCACUACUCGUGGAACGGAAGACUCAUCACGACGUCGUUCAUCGCGGAGCACACGAACCUCAAAUAAUAGCAAUAGUGCUGGUCAUCGAUACCCAAUUUCUAAUACUAGUACUACAAACGUUUUAGCGCGUCCUUUCAUGGAUCUGCCAGCAGGUUAUGAGAUGCGUACAACUCAACAAGGUCAAGUGUACUUUUUCCACACUCCUACUGGUGUUUCAACGUGGCAUGACCCACGCAUUCCACGCGAUUUCGAUACGCAACAUCUAACUCUUGAUGCGAUUGGGCCACUUCCCAGUGGUUGGGAGCAACGAAAAACUGCUUCUGGAAGGGUGUAUUUUGUGGACCACAACAAUCGCACAACUCAGUUUACUGACCCUCGAUUCAAUUGCAAUAUACUGCAAAUGAUACGACGCGGCACAUUGUCGAAUACAGGAAAUAGUUCUGGAACGGUCGCUGCGAUGGUUUCAACGGGUAAUGGGAGCAUUGUGCAGCAACUUUCCCCAGCAGCUUCUCAUCCAUUGUCGAAUGGGAGUAGCGGAGUGGCAAAUAGUACCAAUGGAGGCUCGAGUACCCCCCAACGCGUAUCAAAUAAUGGCGCCGCACCACCUGCAGAUUUGCCCCAAGGUCUCUUGGAAGGUGCUGAGCUGUUGCCCAAGUAUCGACGUGAUUUAGUAAGUAAAAUGCGCGCUUUACGCACUGAAUUACAGACACUGCAACCGCAGUCCGGUCACUGUCGUCUUGAAGUGUCACGCAACGAGAUAUUUGAAGAGAGUUACAGACUGAUUAUGAAAAUGAGACCUAAAGACAUGCGCAAACGUUUAAUGGUUAAAUUUAAAGGGGAGGAAGGACUUGACUAUGGCGGUGUCGCGCGUGAAUGGCUGCAUUUACUUUCGCGCGAAAUGCUUAAUCCCCAGUACGGAUUAUUUCAAUAUUCACGUGAUGACCACUACACGUUGCAAAUAAAUCCUGACUCGGGUGUUAAUCCAGACCAUCUGUCGUAUUUUCAUUUUGUUGGUCGCAUCCUUGGAAUAGCUGUAUUUCAUGGACACUGCUUAGAUGGCGGUUUUACGACACCUUUUUAUAAGCAACUCCUAAACAAACCAAUUACUCUAAGUGAUAUCGAAGGAGUUGAUCCUGAAUUGCAUCGCAGUCUAACUUGGAUGCUAGAGAAUAAUAUAACUGGAAUUAUAGAUUCCACGUUUAGUGUUGAAAACAAUAGUUUUGGUGCAUUGGUAGUUCAUGAACUUAAGCCAUCUGGUUCCUCCAUACUAGUAACUGAGGAUAAUAAGCGCGAGUAUGUGAAACUUUACGUAAAUUAUAGAUUCAUGAGGGGUAUAGAACAACAGUUUUUGGCAUUACAGAAAGGAUUUUGUGAACUCGUGCCCAGUCAGCUUUUGAGACCGUUCGAUGAGCGUGAGCUGGAGUUAGUGAUUGGGGGAAUUUCUAGCAUUGAUGUCAAUGAUUGGCGCAUCAAUACAAGACUGAAGCACUGUACACCAGAGACGUCGCAAGUGGUGUGGUUUUGGCAGGUGGUGGAGUCUUACUCUUCGGAAAUGCGUGCACGUCUCUUGCAAUUCGUAACUGGCUCAUCUCGUGUGCCUUUACAAGGUUUUCGGGCAUUACAAGGUUCUACCGGAGCUGUUGGGCCGCGGUUGUUCACGAUACAUCUCACUACAGAUGUACCGACACAAAACUUACCAAAGGCUCAUACAUGCUUUAAUCGAAUCGAUUUACCGCCUUAUGAAAAUUAUCAGUUAUUGUGUGAUAAGUUGACACAGGCUGUGGAGGAAACUUGUGGAUUUGCUGUAGAAUAAGUACACAAAAAUAAUGACUGCCUGGUGGUAGAAGGAAACACAAUUAAACACAUACUUAAUGACCAGUGUGCUUAUGCACAAAUUCCCUUGAACCAUAGUUUUCUUGACCUUUCAUUAAUUGAAAGGAAUGACAAAUCAAACAUCACUGCUAUUCUUCUUCUAACUUAAUUAUUAAAAUUUUAAUUAUUUUUUUAGUGCACAACUGCAAAAAAAAUUAUACAUACACCUGUGUAAGUAUAUAU